CAGCACCUUGCCAUCCCUCAUGUCAGAGAUCCAUCACUGUUGACUAUAACACUCUGCAUUGACGAUUACUGUCAUGACCCAUAUUUUUCAUCUGAGGAUGAUGAUGAUGAUGAAAAUGUAACCAUUCAGAUAGAAGUAGCAAGAAUGCUUGAUGAAAAUAUGAUCAACUUUAUCAAAGGUGGCCUCAAGAUUAGGACAAGUUACCAAAUAUAUAAAGAAUGCCAUCAGGUGCUACAGAUGACUCAGGGGAACAAAAGCAAAAAUGAAACUUACUGCCAGUUUGAAGGAGGAGUAAAACUUGGGAUUGGAGCAUUCAACUUGAUGCUGUCACUUUUACCAGGAAGGAUCCUCCGACUUUUAGAGUUUAUUGGAUUUUCUGGCAAUAGGGAGUUGGGCCUCUGUCAACUACGGGAAGGCGCAUCUGGCAGCAGUUUGAGGGCCAUUCUGUGUACUUUCACCCUGUUGGUUUAUCAUACUUACGUCUCCUUAAUCCUUGGUACAGGGGAAGCCAACCUUCGGGAAGCAGAGAGUCUCCUCAAACCCUACCUCCAGAAAUUUCCAAAUGGUUCAAUUAUUCUGUUUUAUGCUGCCAGAAUAGAUAUACUGAAAGGAAAUUUUGAAAAGGCACAGUUGAGGUUCCAAGAGUGCAUAGCAGCCCAACAAGAGUGGAAACAGAUUCAUCAUCUCUGUUACUGGGAACUGAUGUGGUGCUACACCUUCCAGCAGAACUGGCUUCAAGCAUAUCGGUAUGCAGACCUGCUCAGCAAAGAGAGCAGGUGGUCUAAGGCAAUAUAUGUAUUCCAGAAGGCAGCAAUUCUAUGUAUGCUUCCAGAGGAUGAUUUGAAAAGGACUGGUGAGGACAUUGUAUCUUUAUUCAGACAAGUGGAUGGUCUAAAACAGAGAAUUGCAGGAAAAUCUAUCCCAACUGAGAAGUUUGCAGUAAGGAAGGCUCGACGCUAUGCAAGUUCUCAACCAGUGAAGCUGAUAGUACCCGCCUUGGAAAUGAUGUAUGUUUGGAAUGGCUUUGCGAUUGUGGGAAAAAGAGCAGACCUCACUGAAAACUUACUGGUAACCAUUGAAAAGGAAGAAACUGCUCUACAAAAUGAAACUAAUCGCAAUGAAUACUAUAUGGAUGAUGUGUGCAUGUUGCAGUUACUGAAGGGCCUCUGUCUGAAACACUUGGGAAGACUCAUGCAAGCUGAGCUGUGUUUCAGUAAAGUAAUUCAAAGUGAGAAGCAGAUAAAAUAUGAUAGCUACUUGGUGCCGUUCACCAUGUAUGAGAUGGGUCUUCUGUACAAACAACAGGAUGAGAGAGAAAAAGCAGUAAGAUACAUAGAGACAGCGAAAAACAACUACAAAGAAUACUCCAUGGAGUCCCGGUUGCACUUCAGAAUUCAUGCAGCUCUUGACAGCUUAAAGGUGUCGCCUGCUUCAACACCUUGAAUGAGGACGGAUGCUUUUGACUCAUAUGAUGCAUACAGUAGCCUACACAAUCGUUUUGCAAUCUUUUUUUAAUUACAGGAAAGAAACAACCUAAUGAUUGUUCUCUGUCAUCUCUGAUUUGAUGUAUGUCAUUCCUUUAGACUGUUGUUUUUCUGUAUAGUGCAUAUACUGUAUCUACUUCAUACUUUAAAGAAGACCUUAUAUUUUGUUUGAUAAAAAUAAUUUAAUAUUUGACUUGAAUGG